AUGCCGGAGGAAACAAUUAUGUCUAUGAAUGAUCGGGCAGUUAAAAUUGAACCAUCAGAAUUUUCACCAGAAGACAUUAAACUCGAAAUAGAGAAUGAUUUUGAUGAUCCCGACGUUAUUGUUAAAUCUGAAUCGUUUUCCGAAGAUGAUGAUACGUGUUUGGAAAGAUUUAUGAAUUCCGAGGUGACAAUUGAAGAAGAAGUCAAAAAGGAGUUAGUCGAAACAUCAACUUAUGCAGAAUCACAAAAUUUAAAAGAGCAUAUGAUCGAUCAUAUGCCUAAUCAUAGCAAAGAAAGUUCUUUCAAAUGUGAAAUCUGUCAUAAGACUUUCAGUCAAUUAGGUAAUCUAAAAAGUCAUUUACUGAUACAUAGUGGAGUAUGCCCCCAUAAAUGCAGUGUGUGCAAUAAGACAAUCACACAAUUAGGUAAUCUGAAAAAUCACAUGCUAAUACAUAGUGGUAAGCGCCCUCAUCGAUGCAAUAUAUGCGAAAUGACUUUCACGCAACCAAGUGGUCUGAAAAGUCACAUGCUGAAGCACAAUGGAGUACGAGCUUAUGAAUGUAGUUUAAAAAAUCACAUGCUGAAGCAUAGUGGAGUACGUCCCCAUGAAUGCAAUAUUGAAUGCAUGAAUUAUUGCUCCCAAUUACAUAUCCUAAAAUUGUGA